AUGCCGGUAGCAUCGGUAAGGGGAAGCCGGUGCAUUGCCACGUUCUUAGACGACUACAGCAAACACUUGGUUGUGGUUCCCAUGAAGCAAAAGAGCGAGGUGGCGAAGGUCACUAGGCACGUGAUCAGCCGGUUGAAGUUGCAAACGCGGAAGAAACUCAAGUCGAUGUGGACGGACCGGGGGAAGCAGAGGUUCAUCCUUAUCCGGGACGUCAUCUUUGACGAAGGGAUCGGGGGCGACGGGGUUGUCAAGCUUGGCUCCGACUUCACGGACGCGCACCUCAAAGGGACGCCGAGGGAGCAUCCAGAACCGCAGACCUAUCAGGAAGCCGGGAGAGGAGAAGAGAGUGAACUCUGGCGGAAGUCGAUGUCCAGACGACGAGAUGCGGUUUUUGUUGGAAAACGGGACCUGGGAGCUCGUCAAAAGCCGGAAGGGGUAAAGCCGAUUCCGAUAACGUGGAUUUACAAGAUUCAGCAGGACGCCUUCGGAGAUGUGGAGCGGUACAAGUCCCGGCUGGUGACGAAAGGGUACCUGUAA